AUGGAUGGAAUGAAACGUCACCAGAUUACUGCAUCACUGCCUAGAAAUUCCGGAGAUUCAAAAAGAAGUGUUGACAUUUUGGACGAAGAUGACAAGUUUUUGAACAGUGGAAGCAACUUUUCCCAACACAAACAACGCAACAAGUACCGAUACUUUCAUGAUGACAAUCAUGCGAGUGUGGUUGGAGUUAACGAUAACAAAUUGUAUCGACACCAAAUUAUGUCAGCCCAGAAAAAGUUGGCCCAACAAACUCAACAAAGUUUUCCAACUUCAGCAACGGUUCGUAAAACGAGAUCCAAUAGUUUCCACGAAGAUCGUGACCAAUCAGAUGAUCUGACGUCAGAUCCGGAAGUAGCUCUAAGGUUGUUGCAACAUCAGAACAGAAGACAGCGUUGCAGGCUAAAUGAAAUUCAACAAGAAAAUUUCAUGCUCCUAAAACUGAGCAGCACGAACAACGACAAACCUUCCAACCUGAACAGGAGAAGCGAUUUUUUUUCAGCGUUGAACCAGCACCUCGGCUGCAGACUGGAUCUCCUCAACAACAAGAUCGACUCUCAACAGUUGGUCAUUGACUCCAUGAAUGAGCAGUACCAGCAACAACUCGCCAUGCCCAACCAUCUGAAGCACUUCGAUGUUGCCAUGUUGCAGAAACUCUUCAACGAACAGUCCGUCAUCGAUCAGUGCAACAAAACCAGCAAUUUUGUUCGGACCAUCUUCAAUUCAUCGGAGAUUUUUUUAUCUGCUCCUCCCUACAGCAACUUCAACUUCAGCAACUUCAACUUCAGCAACUUCAACUUCAGCAACUUCAAGAUAUUUUUCAACUUUACCGUAUCCAACCCCUUGUCAAAACGUAUUAUACAUAACUUCAUCCGAAAAGAACUUUUGAAAAUUAAAAUUUUUGAUGCUUUAGUUAAUAUAAAACUUUAUAUCAACAGUUUCAAUUUUCAAGUUAUUCAGCUGAGAUUAAACAUAGCUCAUGCAAAAAAGCUCUAA